AUGAAGAUAGUAGAAACCGUUGAAUAUAUUGUAGCCAAUCAGAAUUUGAUACAUGGGGUUGAUCUUAGCCGUCCACGUUGCGGAAUUAGUUGGUGGGGUUUUGUUGGCCAUAUUGAACCUGGGGAAUUAAUAAGAAGUAUGUUUAAUACAUUAACAUUAUUAUGUGCAAUUUUACUUAGUUUGUGUCUACCAAGUUGUAAUGCUCAACAUAAGACUCCUUUCUUUGUUUUUGGCGAUUCUCUGUACGACAAUGGCAUGUCUUUGUGUUGCGGCGUUCAUGCUGGAGGGGCUAAAUAUUGGCCUUAUGGUGAGAACUACUUCAAGGAACCUUCUGGAAGGUUCUCUGAUGGUCUCAUUAUCCCAGAUUUUAUAGCUCAAUAUGCCGUGGUGCCUCUUCUAAAACCAUAUUUGUCAGCAGGGGUUAAAGUAGACUAUACUGACGGAAUUAAUUUUGCUUCUUCAACUGCUUGUGUGCUCAAUGAAAAUUGUCCUUAUGCGAUAAAUUUGAAGGUGCAAUUGACUUAUUUUAAUGAGGCAGUGGAAAAUUUGAAACAAAGCCUUGGAGAAUCACACACAAGGAGGUUAUUAUCCAAAGCAGUGUACCUUUUCAAUAUUGGACAAUAUGAUUAUGUUACCUUUUUCCGCAAUAAUAUUGGAAUGUAUCCUCUUUCCUCUUCUACUAAGAGUCAAUAUAUUAAUCUAAUACUUGGCAACCUCAGUACCCACAUCAAAACAAUCUACGAGCAAGGAGGAAGGAAGUUUGCAUUCCAAAACAUAGGUCCAAUUGGGUGUAUGCCAGCAAUAAAGUAUGAGCUUGGAUUUAAUGAAGUUUGUGCAGAUGAGCCUUCAGAGCUUGCUAGAUUACACAAUCAUGCAUUUGCUGCACUAGCCAACAAUUUGCAAAUUCAACUGCCAGGGUUCAACUACUCUAUAUAUGACUUCUAUACUGCACUUUACAACCGUGUCUUAUAUGGACAAACUUAUGGUUUCAAGGAAAGUGAAACAGCAUGCUGUGGAGGUGGAGCCUUCAAUGGUGACGACAGUUGCCAGAAGUUAGAUCGCGCAUUCUCAUUUUGCAACAACUUGAAGGACCAUUUGUGGUUUGAUGCUUGGCACCUUACUCAGAAAGCUUACCACCAAAUCUCUAAAGAAUUUUGGGGUGGAGGACUCGAUGUUGUAGCUCCUUAUAAUUUGGAGAAUUUAUUUGAACUAAUCUAUUGA